UGUUCAUGAAAGAGGAAGAGGUUUAAACACAUGGACAUGAAAGCACUACAUUGAGCACACGGACACCGUCUUUAGUCCAGGUUGCUGCCUCAUUGUGCAACUGCCGAAGAAUCUGAGUGUGUGGAGUGAAGGUAAACUGGGAGUGAUGGGAGCGACCUGGAUUUCAUGGAGAACAACUACUACUGCCAUCAUUACCAUACUACAAAUCCAAGCUUUGCUCUGUGUACAAAGCCCAGCUGUUAUUACCGGUGUGGAAGGCCAGACAUUUGACUUCAGAUGUAAAUAUGAAAAUGGCCUGCAGAGUAAUGCUAAGUACUUCUGCUAUGACAAAGAUGACAAUAUGUCCUUCAGCCCCCUGAUACGGACAGAAAAACACGACCAGUGGGAGAGAAAUGGACGUUUCUCUCUGUACGACAACACCACCGGAGCCUUCUUCAUCGUCAGCGUGGACAAACUCACCUCCGAGGACAGCGGGACGUACCGGUGUGGGGUGGACAUUACCUUGCGCCCUGAUCAUAACAGUUUCAUACGACUGAAUGUUUCCCGAGCAAGCCCGCCAGAAAAUCUCUCACAUCACAUAACUGAAUCACCCAACGUUACGAAGGACCUCUCAUUGAACAAGAUCCACCUGUCGCUGUUCGUGACUGCAGCGAUGUGUAUGGCAGCAAUACUCUUUAUAUGUCUAUUUACACUUUGUCUUCUGCUGGCUGUUAAACGCCGAAGACCCGGCCCACACCAGAAUAGAGAGACAUCGUCUGACUACGAGACAAUGAUGCCUGGUGUAAGAACUGAACCUGAACUCCGCCGCAGCUUUUCGGCUCCAGACUGCACUGAUCUUUCAGCUUUACCACCGCCACCACCUGACCUCUGCUUCCACUACACAUCAAAGCAUCGGGAGUCCACUGUGACUCUCGACCUCAAUGAAUAUGUUGAUGUGGAUGUACCGAAGCACAACUGCCAGUACCAACAUCUGGAUCUCAGUUGCUUAGAGGAGCACGUCUAUCACAGCCUGCAUGGAAACAGCGUGGACAUCUGGCAGUCAAAGAGCAGAUUAACUGUUGAUAGUAUUGAAGGAUAAUUCCAGGUUAAUUAGCAACCGAUGGAAAGUCCUUAACUUCAUUGUUAACCUUUGUUUUCUUGCCAUGUUCCCUGAGCUCACCAACUAUUUUGGUGAGAAAUGUGUUAUUAUUAUUGAUAUGAAUGAUGGCCGAAACAGCAACAGUAACAGGUUGUAAUAAACCAAAAUGAUUCUUUAAUGUGUACGGAUGGAAGGAAGAGUUGAAGGGAUGUUGGCCAAUUCAACAGCGAUGAUCUUUAGUAAGUCAAGUAGUUACAGUGUUAAUUAUUGCUAAUUUUUGUUGUUUCUAGAGGAAAUUGUUUUGCACGGUACAAACAAAAGAAAAGAAUGAAAAGAGAUACCACAAUCCACAAAGAAAACCAGACUGAAUGCUUCACUCUGUUAUAUUUCACCAAAAUAAACCAAGUGGUAAUAUC